UUAUUCCAAUGAGCUCAUUUUGUAUCGUCAGGUCCUAACCACUCAGAAAAUGCAAAAGCUGACAGGUAGUAAUCAUCAAGAGUUACAACUGAUAGACUUUGCAUUGUAUGGUUCAAUUUGCCUAGCCUGGUUUGGUUCAGUCGCUAAAGGCACUCACUGAACAGGUGUUAGGUUCUGUCAGGUUCGGGUCCCACUACUCCAAUCUCCCUGUGAAGAAAAAAGUACGAGUCAAUUUAACUGAAACCAUGAUUAGUUUUGAUUAUCCAAUUUUUAUAGCUGAUUAAUCACACGAUGCACAGCAUCAAGCAGUAAUGAUGCAGUGAUCUGCAAAGAUUAGUCGAAUUUUCAAUAUGUGAUUCAUAAGCGAUGCAGAGCAGUAAGCAGUAAUGACACAUUAAACUGACAAUGAAGCACUUUCAGGUCUUUCAUGCAUUCACAAUUGAAAAUGACAUGACAAUCAAUGCUUUCUGGCUGCCGGCACCUGGUUUUCAGUUCUUAGUUGGAGCCAAGUGGUUUAGUCCAGUCUUACAUCGGCAAUCUGUUACAUAAGAUGACAAAUUCCAUUGUGAAAUCAGCCGAUUUGCUUUAUAACUAAUUCUAGAAAUCACUUUGAACAUAGGGAUUUCCUACAUUGGAAAAUCGUUACUUAUUACAACUUCUCCCAACAAACCUCUAUUGCGCAUCUGUUUGCAUCAAAGCUUAGUUCAUCGAAAAUGAAGCAAAUCCCAAUAUGGGUACUGUUCAUUUCAUUCUCUCUCCUCUUCCACUCAACAAAUUCUAAAGUGGGGGAGGAGGUCAAGAGCUCACUCAUCAACUUUCUUGCAAAACUGAGUGGCACCAAUGGGCAACCAGAUCCAAGUUUUGGUUGGAACAAUGCCACUGAUCCCUGCCAGGAUAAGUGGAAGGGUGUGACCUGUGAUAGCCAGAACAGAAGUUUGGUAAGAAGGAUAUAUCUCAAUCAGUCCAGUCUUGCUGGAGUUUUUGAUGCUGCUUCUCUUUGCAAUGUGCCACCUCUUGGUAAAUCUCUUCUAUUUAUUAAGCUUGAUCAGAACAGUAUUGGUGGACAGCUCCCUGCUGCGAUUUCAAACUGCAGAAAUCUCAUUCGCUUGCUUCUAGGCCAGAACCAAUUUCAUGGGAACCUUCCUGACUCGCUAGCCAUGCUUAAGAAUCUGAAAAGACUGGAUAUUUCAUAUAAUGAGUUCUCUGGUAACUUGCCCAAUUUAUCGCAGAAAUCAGGUCUCACAACAUUCCUUGCUCAGCAUAAUGAGCUUACCGGUGAGAUACUGAAUUUUGAUCUUUCCCAUUUUGAAAAGUUCAAUGUUUCCUUCAAUGAUUUCACUGGUCCUAUUCCUGUUGUGACGGGACAAUUCGAUGAAAGCAGCUUCAUGGACAAUCCUGGAUUAUGCGGGCCCCUAUUGAAAAGAGAUUGUUAUAUUCAGGAGAAUUCAACAAAUGUUGAAGAUGGGAAGAAAUCAAAAGUUGUCUCAAAAGAUGAGAUUCUUAUGUACUCUGGCUAUAGUUUACUGGGCUUGGUUGUUAUCUGUGUCAUCAUUUACAAGCUGGUUAAGAGAAACAAGAGAGAAGAAAAAGGUGAUUCAGAUGACAAGGUUGCAUCAGUUGAUGAUGGUAUAGAGAAGCAUUCUGCUGUUUCAAGUGAUCAUAAUACUGGGGCAAGCAGAUCAGAUUUCUCAGUCAAUUCCACUGAAAGUGCGAUGGUUUCUACCUCACUGGUAAUUCUUACAAGUCCAGUGCCGAAUGGUUUGAGAUUUGAGGACUUGCUGAGGGCUCCUGCAGAGUUGAUUGGAAGAGGAAAGCAUGGAAGCCUCUACAAGGUUAUCUGUGAGAAUGGAAUGGUGUUGGCUGUCAAAAGGAUUAAGGAUUGGGCAAUUACAAGCAGUGACUUUAAGCAGAGAAUGGAGAAGAUUUACCAAGCAAACCACCCAAAUGUAUCUCCAGCUCUUGCCUUUUAUAGUUCCAGACAAGAGAAGCUAUUGGUUUAUGAGUACCAGCAGAAUGGAAGUCUCUCCAGGUUUCUCCAUGGAACCCAAUCGAGACGAGCAUUUGACUGGAUGAGCAGACUCAGUGUUGCAGCUAGCAUUGCCGAGGCAUUGGCCUUUAUGCAUCAGGUGCUUCAUCCUGAUGGGAUUGCUCAUGGAAACUUAAAAUCCUCUAACAUCUUACUGAAUAAGCACAUGGAGCCUUGCAUAAGCGAGUAUGGACUUAUGGUUGUUGAUGAUCAAGACUGUUCUUCACUUGUCAAUGUCAAUGGUUUCAAAAGCAUGCAAAAAACUGAGGCUAGUUCUCCUAAUGCCUUCAAGUUAGACGUCUAUGGUUUCGGAGUGAUUCUGCUUGAACUACUAACAGGAAAGCUAGUGCAGAAUAAUGGAAUAGACUUAACUAAAUGGGUUCAUUCAGUCGUUCGAGAGGAAUGGACGGUAGAGGUUUUUGACAAGGCCCUUAUAUCAGAAGGUGCAAGUGAAGAGAGAAUGGUGAACUUGCUUCAGAUAGCUAUAAAAUGUGUUAACAACACUCCAGAUGCUAGGCCUACAAUGAAUCAAAUUGCUCUCAUGAUCAACACUAUUAAGGAGGAAGAAGAGAGGUCUGCAGCUUAUGAACCUUGAAUGGUGAAUACUUCAAAACUAAAUAGGAAGAGGAAUAUGAAAAAUUCAAAAGAUAUUUGAUACCGGAAAAGCUUGUUUGUUUCAUACAAAUGUUUUAAUAUAGUUAAUCCAGAACCAAAGAAGCAUAUUUUUUUCUGUGGAACGUAUUUGUAUUUUCCAAGUCAAUAAGAGGAUAUUUACUCUUGACUAA